ACCUAUAUGGAUUUUUAAGUUAGGUUUCAAAUUAAUGAACAAUUAGUUAUUAAUACUAUCACUUGAUUUUGUUGUUUCCAAGAUGUUAGGAAGAGUUUCAUCACUUGUAACAAUCUUGAUCUUCGCUCAAACUGGAAUUCUAAAUUCUCACCAUGAAGCAGCUCACUGGAGUUGCGAUUCCAACACCGAUACCCAUGUUCAAGCUCACUUCAACCCAGGAAGAAUAACCCUAGAUGGACAAGUUGAUGAUUGGAAAGAUAUUGAUGGUUCUGCAUUUUCUGUUUUACCUGCUUUAGACCCAGAUGCAGAUAAGGCAUACAAUGGUGGGAAAAUGACCGUCAAGGCAUCACAUGAUGGCAAGGAUGUUUUCUUCAUGUUGCAAGUCGACGGGGAUUAUACAUAUUCUGAAGGAUACAGUAACAAGACUGCAUCAGUUGCUUUUAUGUUCCAAAUUGGUGAAAAUGCAUCUUAUCACAGAAUGGGAGGAUGUGAAGAAGAACCUGAUACUUGCACGAGCAAGUCAUGCAAGGGCCAUGAAGUUGACCUUAUGCAUUUCUCAAUAGGAACGGCAAUUCCUGGAAGACUCUAUGGAGGGAACCUGCUAGAUAAUAGUGAGGGAAAUGGGGGUGACAGGUUUGGUCAUUUGGUUGAUCUGUAUUGUUGGAACCCACACUGCCGUUAUUUGGAUAGCUAUGGUCCAUCAGCAGUAAAUGAUACUAGUGCACAGAAUGAUUGGAAAGGAACAUGGUGGCACAGUAGCUUGACUCACUCAGGUUUUAUUAAGGAUGACAGCCCAUAUUCGUCCAGCAACCAAUCCGGUGCAUAUUAUUUUGAAUUUUCCAGGCCGCUGAGAACAAUGGAUCGCCUUCAACAGGAUGCUCAGUUCACAAUUGGCAAAACAAGUAAGAUGUCUGUGGCAUUUUGGUACCCCAUGGAUGGAAAACCGUGGCACGGGUCUGGUCAUUUUUCAAUUAGCUGCGAUUGGAUACUGUUGGAUAUCUUGCCAGAUAGUUCUGAGCUCACCAAGGUGCCACAGAGAAGUUCUUGGGAUGCUGCUACAGCAUUCUCCCUUCUCUUUUCAGUAGUGGCUUUUUGUAUAUCCAUCUUUGUUGGGCAUAGAGUCUCGAGAACCAAGAACAUCCCUUUUACACCCAUGAGCAAUCUUUAAAACUGGGACAGCUUUCUGCAGAUAACCUUUUUGCUUUCGAGUUGAUGUUGAUUAGUUCAUUCUUGAUUCUAGUUUUGUUUUGUGAUAAAAUAAAGAACUUUACACUUGGAUUAUACAGUUUC